UUUUGCAGGGGAACUAAAACGAAGAUCAGAUUAGGCAAGCGAAAACAUGCUGCCGAACAUACCUGGGUUCGGUAGACAUGAUAGGAAAUGGGCAGUGAGUGGCAAUCGUGUGGAAAAGAGCGCGUUGGCGAUGUUUGUAUGUGUUGACGCGACAAUAUUGAUUUCAAUCGGAGUUAUAAACACAAAGUGAGCGCUCAUCUCCCGGACGACUGGGCGUUGUGCUAGUUCGGUAUAUGCCGUGGGAUGUUAUGAGAUGUGAGCUCAGUUGGACCGCUGAGAUUAAACUCACGGUGUAAGGUAGGUUCCGAGUGACCAUAUAGUGUCACUCACUUCCAUAUCGAUAUUCAAGUUAGUAACCCACUUUCAUCGUCAUGCAUCGGGCGCUUAUGUCCCUUUCCAUCGGUGAUCCUGACAAACCGUCUUUCUCCCCCUUCGUUCCACCACCCAUCCAACGUCUUUCACUUCCUCCUACUGCCUCUCCUUCAUCAUCGUCAAAUCCUGUCACAAGUCCAAAGAAUAAGCACCCCCCUCGACCCAUUCCAGGUCCAUCUACCUCUAACCCGUCUGCCAUCUUCCCCUACCUACAUCGCCUUGAAAUUCGCGACGACAUGGGUUCUCGACGCCAACAGAGACCUCUUCUCGUACUCAAGCUGUCCUCUCCUUCUUUCCUAGAUUCCGUUGCUACAGACCUCGUAGCAGAAACUCCUCUAUAUUCAGUCGAAACAGUCGGCUCUUCUACUACUAUAUGGCGUUCAGAUCCUUGGGAUGCUUCUGUAAAAAUUGCAGAUAUUUGCUGGCCCAAGGAUCUUCCUCUCAAGGGCAAGGGGAGGGAUACCCACGGUGCAAUUAUACAGAUGGGUGAACCUCGCUGGAAAGACACUGACAGCUACCUCAAGUAUGGUAGCCUUGGAAACUCCCGUAAAUUCACCUUACCAAACCAUCCCCAUGUGCUAAAGUGGAAGCGAACUGGUCGCACUUAUCAGUGCACAACUUCAUCAUGUAAACGACUCAUCGCAUCACUUGAUACACUACAAGACGACGAAAACAAUCCACGACUUAAAGUUUUCGAGACUCUUGAUCUUGUCCAUCAAUCAGUUCCUCAAGUAGAACACGCUGGAAUAUCCCUUUCAUUACUAGAUAACCUCUUCGUCACCGCUCUGCUACUCGUUACAGAGCCCGAUGAUUGGAUGACUCUAAGGCACAACCCAAAUUCACUCAAUACCCCAGCAAGAGAUUCCGUAUCCCUUCCUAAAUCCACAUCCGCUCCUGCAUCUGCACGUCAGUGGCGUAAAAUCAUGUACGGCGAACCUCUAUAUCCCUCCCUCAAGACCCCUGCAAUCGACACUCGCUGCAAUGAGGAUGCAGAUGUACUCGAUAUCUCCGGCGCAGCGCCCCCUCCCACAUCUAUAAAUCAAUGGCGCAAAAUUGUAUAUGGUGAACCGUUAUACCCAUCAUUACGACCUCAUAGUGCAGACGGUCUCGACUUACCUCCACGCCCGGGUACCGCAUGGGACUCUGCAAGCAUCUCCUCUGAGUCUGUGUGCUGUCCCGCGACCCCUUGUUCAGCACCAUCGACUGGCUUCUAUGCAUCCACAUUCUUUGACGACUCGGAAAGAACCGUCCCAAGGAUCAAUACCAACAGCCGUUAUUCGGCUCCCCUUAGCCUGUCCCCUGGAGCAAUAUCACCCAUUCCAACAUCUGAUUACAUCCCAUUAUCAUCCCAGCCCUCCCCCUCGCCACGUGCGGGUACACGGCGAGAACUUCCUGCACCACCGUCUUCAUGGCACCCCCCUGCUGUAUCACAGCCGUGGCUUCACCGAUCUAGGUCAUCACCCCGGUUAUCAUCCAUCCCAUCCACAACCAGCAGGCGUUCACAGUUGGUCACAGAAGACGGAGUGCUAGUCCCACCAACACUGCUAGACAGUGAUAUGGAUAGUGUGGACGAUACAACCCCCGUCUCGCAGCCGUGCUCUUUCUUCGGGAUCUGUCGUUCGCCGCCGAUUACCUACCGUCCCCUCAAACCCCGCAUCCCCUACUAGCUCACCUCCUACUCGGCCCAAACGCCUUCCCACAUUGGCACGUACCCUUCCCCCAACGCCUGCCUCUAUACCCCGCUCUCCCUCCACGGGACAUCGUUAUACCUACUCGUCCAACGUCGUCUCAACGCCGAUAUCAACAACAAUGCCUGCACGGCCAUCAACCGCACAGCAACCACGGGGUAGGAACCGUCCAA